UCCAGGUAAUUAAUCUCGAGAUAGACCAAAGCAGCUCACUUCAACACUGGCUUAAGAGAGCGUUUGAUUUGCGUUCUCCUUUCACCGAGUGAAAUGUUUCGGGACAAGUUAAAACUUGGAUUUGUCAAGCCGUUUUGUGGAGAUAAGAAUUUAUAAAUGCAGGCGUCAUCCCCGCCCCGAGUUCGUAGUGACAUUAUGAUAAAUAUGGAUAACCCGGGGCUCGUCAUUGAUCAGAAACUGAAUUGCACAGAGCGUCCACCAGCUCCAGAAGGAAUAUUGAGGUGCUUCCUUCCUUUGGCCCAGAAAAAUGUUGCAAGAGGUUCCUCCAUUACACAGCUUGUAUCCAGGUUUUCCACCUUCAACCUCCGAUACAUUCAAUCUCCAACUAUUUCCACAAUAACCAAACUGGGAUUACAUAUGGGCAGUAACUUCACAUGUGCACGUAAAUUAUGUGCUAUCAAGAGUGUGCCAAGUUGUGCAAUUAAUUUUCAACAACCGGUGAGAGCUCUCACUUACUGCAGUCUACGUAAAGGAAAACGGAAAUCGGUGAGGUCUGUUGUCAAAAGGUUCCUACGGCUGCACUGUGGUCUCUGGGUGCGGAGAAAGGCGGGUUACAAGAAAAGACUUUGGAAGAAAAGGCCUGCGAGAAAACGUAGACUCCGACAACAUGUCUUCUGUAACAAGACCCAAAGCAAGAUGCUGGACAAAAUGACGACGGAUUUCUGGAAAAGGCGGAACUGGUAUGUGAACAACCCAUACCAAAUGUACCACGAUCGAACAAACCUAAAGGUUUAAAGAUUCGCAACAAUUCUGGAAAAACCUGUAGUCAUUCUUUAUUAGUCCAGAAGUGAAAGAAACAUCCUUGGUUUAGAAUAUGUUUUGAGUUUAAUACUGAACUAACUUUAUUCAGAAUAUAGCAACUGACCAUGGAUAUUGGAAGUCCAGAAGAAAUAAUACAGGCAAAUACCUACAUAAUGUCUCUGUAUUUGUUAAUGUCCCAUAAUAAAGCUUCCAUUCCACACAA